UUUCAUUAUUAAUUAAUAAAUAAUAAUUAUUCUACCCAUUCAUUUCAUUACAAACAAAUUUUUUUAUAUUUUGUUUUGUGAUUAUUGAAACAUUUGAAACGUGUCUAUUUUGUACACCCUACAGUUCAUAAAAUUAUUUGAGAUGGCUGGAUCUGCUCUACGACGACUUAUGGCUGAAUAUAAACAGCUGACAUUAAAUCCUCCGGAAGGGAUAAUUGCUGGACCAACCACCGAAGAAAACUAUUUUGAGUGGGAAGCAUUAAUUACAGGGCCAGAAGGUACAUGUUUUGAAGGUGGUGUUUUUCCAGCUAAACUUAUAUUUCCAUCUGACUACCCAUUGAGUCCACCAAAAAUGAGUUUUACUUGUGAUAUGUUUCAUCCAAACAAUUUUCAAAUUUUAGUUUAUUCAGAUGGGCGUGUAUGUAUUUCAAUUCUACAUGCACCUGGGGAUGACCCUAUGGGUUAUGAAUCCAGUAAUGAAAGAUGGAGUCCUGUACAGAGUGUUGAAAAAAUUCUUCUAUCUGUUAUUAGUAUGCUUGCUGAGCCGAAUGAUGAAAGUGGGGCAAAUGUUGAUGCGGCUAAAAUGUGGCGUGAGAAUCGUGAAGAAUUUAACAGAAGAGCUGAAGAGUUGGUCAGGAAAACUUUAGGAAUACCUCCAAGUGAAUGAGGUCAGGUGGAGUAAAUGAUAUUAGAUGUACAGCUGGAGUAGGAGUCGAUGAUUGGCUACUGUCAGAGCUGCAUAGUUGUUCACAAUAAUAAUGAGGUGUAUUUAAAUAAUCAAUCAGUCGUCUGGGUAAUGGCAAUUUGUGGAUCAAAUCUCGUCGCACCGUCUUCAAAAUGACAAACCUAAUAAAAUAAUCAAAUAAAUAUAUUUUGUUUGACAUUAAUAACUCAUUAUUAAAAUUAUAUUAAAUCAAACUCA